ACUCUCGUCCGGGCAGUUAUACAGAGAGGAAACGGACUGCCAUCCCGGAAGCAGCGGAAUUUUGGGGGUUGGGAUAAACGAUGGCAGCAACGUGUAGUAGGGAGCUGCACGGAUAAACACACACUCAGCGUAAUAAAACACGGGAGUGGAGGUUACAUACGGCGCCAACAGAGACCAAAAAUUACCGCAUCGCAAUGGAGAUGGACGAGAGGAACUGACAGCAGUUACGAGCGGCACAGGAGGAUGGGAGCAGUCUCCAGGUUUUGGGGGAGAUGUCUCUGGGUCGACUUUUGCGACGCGCCUCCUCAAAGGCCUCUGACCUCCUGACCUUCAACGCCGGGUCGGGGGGGUCGCGGAGCGUGCUGGAUGGCGAGAUCAUCUUCUCGAAGAACAAUGUUUGUGUGCACCCCACGGAACCCCUGCCAGGUCUCGCCGAGCACCACCCAGGGUACCUGUGUGUGCACUUGGAGAAGGAUGAGGCCCUGGGCAGCACGCUGAUCCUCACCUGGGUUCCCAACUCGCGAAUCCAGCGGCAAGACGAGGAGGCGCUGCGCUACAUCACGCCCGAGAGCUCGCCCGUCCGCCGGAACCCGCGGCGCCACCCGCGCCGCGCCCACUCCCGCCCCCCGCCCGCCGAGGAAGAGGAGGAGGAGGAGGGGGGAGGGGCAGGGGAGAACCUGAACUCUGAGCUGCAGCAGCAGGAGGAGGGGGACGAAGGCUCCUGUGAUCUGUCAGCUGACGAGGUGAGCCGCGACAGCACCCUGGGCUCCGACUCGGACACGUUCUCCUCGCCGUUCUGCCUGUCGCCCGUCAGCGAGGCCCUGGCCGAGAGCAGCGGCUCGGUGUUCCUGGACAACGAGAGCAGGGACAUGUGCGACGAAUCCAUGACCCAUUCAGCUAGCUCCGCCUCCAGCCUCGACAGCCACGCCCCAUCCGAGAACAGCCACUCACAGGGGGUCAGGUGGGAGGAGCAACAGAAAGUGAUGGCCCUGGAGCAGCUGUGUGGAGUGUUUCGGGUUGACCUUGGUCACAUGAGGUCCCUGCGUCUCUUCUUCAGUGACGAGGCGUGCACCAGCGGUCAGCUGGUUAUCGCCAGCAGGGAGAGCCAGUACAAGAUCCUGCACUUCCACCACGCCGGGCUGGACAAGCUGGCAGAGGUCUUCCAACAGUGGAAGUGCUGCCGGGAGACUCAGCUCAAAGACCAGGUGUCGGACGAGAAGUCGUGCAUGCAGUUCUCGAUCCGCCGGCCCACGUUGCCGUCGGCGGAGACCCACCCCGAGGAGCGGCUGUACCGCCGGCUGGACGUGGCCACCUGGCUGAGGCACCUGAACCACAGCGGGCAGGUGGAGGAGGAGUACAAGCUGCGCAAGGCCAUCUUCUUCGGGGGGAUUGACCCGGCCAUCCGAGGGGAGGUGUGGCCCUUUCUGCUGCACUACUACAGCUGUGACUCCACCUCGGAGGAGCGCGAGGCCUGGAGGAUGCAGAAACGGAGCGAGUACCAGGAGAUCCAGCAGAGGAGGUUGUCCAUGAGUCCGGAGGAGCACAGUGAGUUCUGGAGGAAGGUGCAGUUCACCGUGGACAAGGACGUGGUGCGGACUGACCGCAGCAACCACUUCUUCAGGGGCGAGAACAACCCCAAUGUGGAGAGCAUGAGGCGCGUCCUGCUGAACUACGCCGUGUUCAACCCGGACAUGGGCUACUGCCAGGGCAUGUCGGACCUGGUGGCCCCGCUGCUGGCCGAGGUGCAGGACGAGAGCGACACUUUCUGGUGCUUCGUGGGCCUGAUGGAGAACACCAUCUUCAUCAGCUCGCCCCGGGAUGAGGACAUGGAGAGGCAGCUGAUGUACCUGCGGGAGCUGCUGAGGGUCAUGGUGCCCCGCUUCCACCAGCACCUGACCCAGCUGGGAGAGGACGGCCUCCAGCUGCUCUUCUGCCACCGCUGGGUGCUGCUCUGCUUCAAGAGGGAGUUCCCCGACACCGAGGCCCUGCGCAUGUGGGAGGCCUGCUGGGCGCACUACCAGACGGACUACUUCCACCUGUUCCUGUGCGUGGCCAUCAUCGUGCUGUACGGCGACGAUGUCACCGAGCAGCAGCUGGCCACCGACCAGAUGCUCCUGCACUUCAGCAACCUGUCCAUGCACAUGAACGGCGAGCUGGUGCUGCGCAAGGCCCGCAGUCUGCUUUACCAGUUCCGCCUCCUUCCCAGAAUCCCUUGCAGUCUGCACGACCUGUGCAAGCUGUGCGGCCCGGGCAUGUGGGACAGCCGCUACAUCCCAGCGGUGGAGUGUUCCGGGGAGCACCCCGACCCCCAGAGCUGCCCCUAUGGAGGCACCGCCACGCCCCUGCCGCCGCCCUCCCCCCAACCUGCCCCGCCCGCCGAGGGCAAGAAGGGCUCCAAGACGAGGGACAUCUUCAACUUCCGCAAGCCGUCCUGAGCGCUGGCGCGGAGGAGGUGCAACCAAAAAAAAAAAAAAGAAACUGAAGCGAUGACUCGUCCUGCCCGGCCGCAGAGGUUCCGCCGCCGUGCUGUAACUAUGGCGGAUACGCUUUUACGCCCAGCCCAUCCUCGCACCCGGGACGGAGGAGUGUCCUUCCCCAUUGAUUUGCUUUUUUUCAGUACAGGACACUGCCUUAUUAAGAGCGACACGUUUAGGACACUUUGCCGACCAUGACUGCCCCUGCUCGGACUCUGACCUCCAACACCCCGCAGAGGCUGCUGUGUGCUUAGCAUGUCAGGGGGGGAAAAAGGACAAUCUUCACUGUAUUUUCUUACUUUCUUUAAUAUGGCAGGGGUCUGUGUGUCAGGGAUGAGGCCCAGAGAAUGGAAUAGGAGUGAAAAGGGAAUUGGACAGGAGUAAAAAGGGAAUUAAUAG